AUGGAAGCCCCAACUACCCUUGAUUCCUACUUUAGCAUUGUGGAUGAUUUCUUUCGAAAAUCGUUUAGGGAUGAAUCGAUUGUGGUUUUGGCCUUAAAAACUAAGCAGGUUUCAUCAUUAAGUGCCAAUGACAAACUUUUUUCUGGAAAACAGGAAGACACUGUGGUUGUAGAUCGUCGGUUGGACGCCUCGAAGCCAUUUUCUCAGGAGAUAGCUGCUCAUGAAGAGGCACCGCCAUCUGCCUCUACUAGUGUCCUUACCUUCUCCCCUCGCAUGUUCCUCAACCGAGAUGGAAAGGCCCUUGGGAAGGUGAAGCUUUCCUGCAUCUUCGACGUCCCUAGGGUCUGCCGCGCGGCACAGAGCCUUGUGCUUAACAGCGACGGCGUCGUCAUGGGCAAAACGGAGCUGAGGGAGCUGCUCGAGGGGCUGGUCGUGCGCGGCCGCAUUUCCGUCAACACCAUCGCACCUGCCUCCGAGGACGUCACCGCGCUGAACGUUCAGUACCGCCGGAACGACUUCUACUACUCCACCGGCUACCAGCGGAAUGGGCUGGGCAGCAGCAAUCUCCUUGUGAGCAGCGGGACCACUUUCUUUAACAUCCUCGCCGGCGCCGGGUUCGAGCACCAGCGGCUGUCCUACCUCGAGCAGCAGGACGGGGGCCCGGAGCAGUUCGGCGUGAUGUACGCCGGGGUCGGGUUCACCGGUGUGGACUGGUACGUCGGCGCGAAGAUGACGCGGACGACGGACUCCUGGAGCGGGGUCCGGCUCGCGCUGAUGCAGAAGCUCUCCCCGGCCACCCUCGUCGCGUGCGCGUACCACUUCGACAUGGUCGAGUCCCGCGCGAACGUCUGUCUUGGCUUCUCACAGGGCCUGUCACUGCGCGUGCCGAACUUCACAGGGUCUUCAGGUGGGGCCUUGGGUCACCAGGGGGGGGGGGGGGCCGGCCUGGGUCACCUUGGCGAAUUUGGUCCUCGCCUGUAA